UUUUGGACGUAUCUACAGUUUCUCUAAGAAAAAUUACAUUUAAUAAAAAAGAAGUGAAAUACAAGGUUCAAUACAUACUCCUUCCCGCUGAGCAAAAUAACACCUGGCACCCAACCCGAAUAUUCUAAAUACAUAUUUAAAUAGUUCAGUGGAGAAGACUGAAGCUCUUUACUCAUCGAUGCGGUUGUUAUUCAUCCCAAUCAGGGGGUAUACCACUAAUGUUGCAAGUUCCUUUAAUUCUCUUAUUUCACGCUAUGCCCGUCUCGGCCAAAUUCAUAAUGCCAGAAAGGUCUUCGAUGAAAUGCCCGAGAGAAAUAUUGUGUCUUGGAACUCUAUUGUUGCUGGUUACUUCCAAAACAAUCAACCUGGGGAUGCUCGUAAAUUGUUUGAUAAAAUGCCUGAGAGGAAUCUCAUUUCUUGGAAUGCGUUGGUUUCUGGGUAUAUCAAGAAUGGAAUGCUAAGUGAAGCUAGAAAAGUGUUUGAUUCAAUGCCUGAACGUAAUGUGGUUUCGUGGACAACUAUGGUUAGAGGGUAUGUGCAAGAGGGUAUGAUUUCGGAGGCGGAGUCACUAUUUUGGCAAAUGCCUGAGAAGAAUGUUGUGUCGUGGACAGUGAUGCUGGGUGGCCUGAUACAAGCUAGGCGUAUUGAUGAUGCUCAUCGGCUUUUCAAUGAGAUGCCGGAGAAAGAUAUGGUGGCAAGGACAAACAUGAUUGGCGGGUAUUGUCAGGAAGGUCGUUUGAUUGAGGCUAGGAUGAUUUUUGAUGACAUGCCAUGUAGGAAUGUCGUUUCUUGGACAACAAUGAUAUCUGGGUAUGUGCAGAAUCAACGGGUGGAUGUGGCGAGAAAGCUUUUUGAAGUGAUGCCAGAGAAAAAUGAGGUAUCAUGGACGGCAAUGUUAAUGGGUUACACUCAGUGUAGACGAAUUCAAGAGGCUUCAGAACUUUUUAAGGUAAUGCCAAUCAAGUCAGUUAUUGCUUGCAACGCAAUGAUACUUGCUUUUGGCCAAAAUGGAGAGGUAGAUAAAGCAAGAAGGGUAUUUGAUCAGACGAUAGAGAAAAAUGAAGUGACUUGGAAUGGCAUGAUCAAGGUUUAUGAAAGGAAUGGUCUUGAAUUGCAAGCACUUGAUUUAUUUGCUUCUAUGCAGAGACACAGAGUUAAGUUAAAUUUCCCAUCUCUAAUCACUGUGCUAUCUGUUUGUGCUAACCUUGCAAGUCUUGAUCAUGGUAGACAGGUUCACUCUCAGUUGCUAAGAUCCCACUUCGAUCAUGAUGUAUAUGUUGCCUCGGUCUUGAUCACAAUGUAUGUCAAAUGUGGCAAUCUUGAAAAGGCUAAACUGGUUUUUGACAGAUUUGGUGAAAAGGAUGUUGUUAUGUGGAACUCUAUUAUUACGGGCUAUGCACAGCAUGGUUUAGGAGAGGAAGCUUUACAAAUAUUUAAUGCGAUGUGCUCUUUGGGCUUAGAGCCUAAUGAUAUUACAUUCAUUGGAGUUCUUUCAGCAUGUAGCUACACUGGAAAGGUUGAGGAAGGUCUUGAAAUUUUUGAGACAAUGAAAAGCAAAUACCUUGUGGAGCCGAGAACAGAACACUAUGCUUGCAUGGUUGAUCUGCUUGGUCGUGCAGGCCAGGUGAAUGAGGCGAUGAAUUUAAUUAAAAAAAUGCCAGUGGAAGCUGAUGCUAUUGUUUGGGGUUCCUUAUUAGGUGCAUGCAAAACUCAUAUGAAGAUGGACUUAGCAGAAGUUGCAGCAAAGAAACUUCUACAACUUGAGCCUACGAGUUCUGGGCCUUACAUUUUAUUAUCUCAUAUGUAUGCAACCAAGGGUAGAUGGAGUGAUGUUGAAGAGCUAAGGAGUGGCAUGAGAGCAAGAAGCGUGAGCAAAUCACCUGGCUGUAGCUGGAUUGAAGUUGAUAAAAAAGUUCACAUGUUUACUGGGGGAGAUAGUAUGGGACAUCCGGAGCAUUUAAUGAUCCUUAGAAUGUUGGAUAGAUUAGGUGUAUUGCUGAGGGAAGCUGGGUACUGUCCAGAUGGUACCUUUGUGAUGCACGAUGUGGAUGAAGAAGAGAAAGUUCAUAGCCUUCGUUAUCACAGUGAGAAGCUGGCAGUGGCAUAUGGACUGCUGAAGGUGCCAGAAACCAUGCCUAUUCGGGUGAUGAAGAAUCUUAGGGUUUGUGGCGAUUGCCAUUCUGCAAUUAAAUUAAUAGCCAAAGUUACAGGGAGAGAAAUAAUUAUAAGGGAUGCUAAUAGAUUUCAUCAUUUUAAGGAUGGACUGUGUUCCUGCAAAGAUUAUUGGUGAUAUCAAGGCCUUUAUGGUAAUCUGAUUUCAAUUUAGCAAUGAGCAUACCCACCCCAGCUAUAGGCCUAUUGCUUAAUUUUUAGCACAGAAACAUAAGAACGAAGUUAAAUGCAUCUGAGAAAUGUCUGAUGAUUCAGGUGGCUCGGUGUAUAGUUUAACUCUCCCAUCUCUUUCAGACCAGGACCACAUUUCUUUAGUACUAUAACACCACUGCAACUAAUCAAUCUCUUGAUCUGUCAUGUCAAAAUGGUUAAGCUUCUGUAUCGUUAUAGUGAGAAUUUUAAGGUCUAUGAUGAGGGGCCUGAACAUUGAGUUGAACUACUGAUCAAACGUUGAAAGUAUGACCUUCUGGGGAGAGAGACUGAUUAACUUGCUUGAGUUUGGUGGGCUAUUAUCUCGCUUCUAACCAAAUUUUUCUGUUACAACUCCUAUUUUUGGAUGCACCGAACCAUUGAGGGUGAUACUACUGUAUUUUAUUCAGAAGUUCUGUUGGUUUCACAAACUUCAUGUUUCUUUUAUAAUUUGUUCACCCAACCCAAGUGUUCGAAAUAGAAGGCCUUUGUUGGGUUUGAAACUUACUCAAAAAGAGGUCAUUUUGUUAUUCACAAGUCUAUGAUUUACUCUGUUUUGUUUUUGUAAUGAAGACUUCAUUGUCUGUUACAUUGGUCCUUUGCUAUCAACCAGUUAGCCAAUGCCUUGUACAUAGAUAGCUACUUAUUUAUUGGUAUUCCAUAAGUCAUAAAGUUGUUUAUUUAAUUGAUUUGGGAAGCUGAUAGUAAUGAAAGUUGGUGGUGACGUUUACAAUUGGACCUUUUCUAUUGAAAUUAAGCUUGACUAUUAUUCUGCUUAUAGGAGAAUGUUUAGCUGAUUAAGUU